AUGGGCCGCUCUUCGUCGUCUUCCUCUUCGUCCUCUUCUUCCUCCUCCGGGGGUCACAUCUCAGGCCGGGGGUCCUCUUCGCGGCCGCGGGAGUCCGAGCAUGGCAGCGACUCCCGCACCGCCUCGGCGUCGCCCCCCGUGUCGUCCUCCUCUUCGUCUCGGCACGCGUCGUCUCCGUACCCACAUCGCACGUCGUCUUCGUCGGCUUCUUCGCGAAUCUACUCGUCUUCCUCCUCCGCGUCUGCCUGGCCUUCAUCGUCUCGCGAGUCCUCUUCGUGGUCGCGCUCGGGAGCGCAGCCCAGCGCCUCGUCGUCGUCCGCUUCGUCGCGUCACGACCGGGGCAAGAACCGGUCGCCCUCUAGGCGGCGCGGGGGGGAGACGAGCGAACUCCGGUCGCAUCGGCACCAAGGCGCUUCGUCCUCUCACCGAACCUAUGAGCCCUCCAGUCGCAGCGGAAGCCGCGAGGAUGGCCGCAGAAGCACCAGCGCGAUCAGCGACUCGCGCGAAAAAGACCCGCUCUCCUGCCCCGCGGGAACCAGCGACGGCGAAAAGGACUCGCACCGCAGCCGGGAGAGUUCGCGGCGCAAGGGCGAGCAGGCCGAGGACGACAUCGUCUACUCCUCCGUCGCAGUCCUCGAAAACAUCCCCGACAACUGCACAGAAGAAGACGUCGAAGAACGCGUCCGCUCAGUAUCCAUCUCCAAAGGCUUCUCCGUGCCCAACGGCGUCACCUUUGCGCAGAUGACGCACCAGGAUCUUCGCGUUCAACUCGGCAAAUCUGCGGGUUCGCGGCGACGCGAGGCGUCCGCAGAGCUCCCCGCUGACGCAGUCAUCACCGUCGCCUACGUGGAUUUCCCCUCCGUGGACGCCGCCGCCAAGUUCCGCCGGUCAUGCAAAACGGGCUCCCUCUUCCUCUUCAACCGCCACUGCGCCGUCUACCAGCUUCCCGACCGCACUGCCGCCCUGGAGGCCGACGCAGGCCUCGCGGCGGGCCCCGGGCGCGCAGGCGGAGCCCGCGGCGGGCCCGGCAUGCCCCUGCGGAGCGAGAGCUGGCUGUGCUUCCAGUGCAACGUCUACAACAUUGGGCGCGCGGCGUGUGGGAGCUGCGGGGUCCCUGCGCCCGCGAUGGACCCCGACACAACGGGUCCAGGAGGCUCCGGGGGUCUGGUAGCCUCGUCGGGCCCCGGAGACAGCCGGGGCGCGGGCCCGUCUUCCGCGGGCAAGUGCGAGGCAGGUCUCGGCGGCUGGGGUUUCGACCCCGUGGAGAACCCGUCGGCGUGGAUGGUGGUGAUGGACUUGCUGGGUCUCGAGGUCGAGGACUUCCUCAAGGCGCUUCGGCGCUCGAGCCGCAAGCUGCUGUCGGCGAUCGGCGACGCGAGCGGCGACAGAAAGAGCCAAGAGGGUGGCAGGGGCGACGGCGCGUCGCCGACUCGCCUGGAGAUCCAGAAGUGCGUUUACGUGGAAGACAGUGCGAAGGAGGGCAGCGGACGCCCGAACCACUUCCUCCUGCUGCGGUUCAGCACGCCAGAGACUGCUCUCGAGGGCUGGAGAUGCGUCAAGAGCCUCGUCGGCAAGGAGAUUGCUAGCCAACUGUGCGGCGCGCGAGCACAGGUACUGACGCGGAAAGAGAAACAGUCCAUGCAGGAAAUGCUCAAGGUCGUGGAGAAGAGCGGGCCCCGCGGAGACGACAGCAAGGACGUCUCCGUCCUCAGGGUCAAACUGAAGGACAUGAAAGACGUUGCAAAGGCGUCGUCCGUGUUUGAGCAGCUUCUCCAGCAGUGGCAGGGCCUGCUGCUGCCGCUAGCGCACAACCGCCCGCCGCCGCUCACGUGCCUCGACGAGAAGAGCGGCUACUACUACGACGCGUCGAUCGACUUGUAUCUCGAUCCAACGACAAACUACUAUAUGACGUCCGCGGGAGACUACUAUAUCCACGAUUCGAACGCGUCUGCCCUCCGCCGCGUCUGCUCCUACUCCGAGCAACAGCAGCAGCUUCUUGACCAACGGCACGAGGGCGGCGACCGCAGAGCUGGCGCCCACGCUGGCGCGGGGGGCAGGAGCGGGGCGGGCGAAGCGGGGGUUGGGGACGGCGAAGGCAAGGAGGCCUCUAGCGGGCCCGGGUCGAACGCCGACACCGUCGCCUCGUUGCUUGCGGCGGCCCAGAAAACUGCAAAGGCCGCGAAAGACGCUCUCGAGAGAGCGAAGGAACAGCGCGAACAGGACGAAGAGCAGAAGCGCCAGAAGCGCAUUCAGGAACUUCAGAAGCUGGAGGACCAACACAGACAAAACAUGAAGCAGAAACAAGCAGCCUACGACGCCGUGAUGUUCGCCGACGGUGAGUCGGGGGGCGCCUACAUGCGCGACACCUCCCAUAGCAUGUACGCACAGAACGGAAUCAACGCGUCUGCUGCUCUCGGGAAUGGCGCGGGUGCGGCUUACGGGGCAGCGGGCGCGCCUAGCGAGAGCGGAAGGGAAGACCUCACCCAGAGCCUCGGAGCAGGUCGAAUGUUUCCAGCCUCUCUUGCUGCCGCUGCAUGCUAUGGAGUGCCUCCGCCGCCGCCGCCCCCCCCAGGGCCGCCCGGCGCCUCGGCGCCGGGCGCGCCUCCAAGCCCAGCUGGCGGUGUCUCCGGCGGCGGCACGGGCUUCACGCCACCGCCUCCGCCCUUUGGGGGCCGAGGCGGUGGCGGGCCCGUAGGCGACCAGGGAAAGGAGGGUCAGCAGUUCUUUCGUGCCUCGCACCAGAGAGGAGGCGGAGGCGCCGGAAUGCUGCGCGGACGAGGCAGGGGACGAGGGGGACGAGGCGGGGGAUUCGGCGGUACCGACGGCGCAUUCGAUGACCCCAGGGCCGCGUUUCUUGGCGUCUCGGGGGUCUUCGAACGGGGCGGAACCGCGCAGGACGACGACGAAGCCGAGGGGGACAGUUUGCGCCUGCGCAGCCCGUCCAGGGGCGAGAGCGGGGCGCGAGACAGGCGAGGCGCGGAGGACGAUCAAGACUCGGGGGUCCCUGGCGAGAAGAGGCGGAAAGGAGACUCGCGGGAGGUGGAGCAGGGUCAAACGGAGGAGAAGAAGCAAGAGGAGGCUGUCUGCUACUUGUGCUUGCGCAAAUUCAAGUCAAAAGAGAGGCUGCUGGAGCACGAGGCAAAGAGUAAACUGCAUUCGUGGUUUGUCGAGCAAGAGAAGAAGAACGAACCGCAGAGGGAAGAACGGAGGAAGAAGGAAAUCGAGCUGAUGCAGCUCUUGCAGCUGCAGCUUGCCUAG